AUUCCGAGUGCUUAGUCAAACCUCCCUUUUUUUCUCGCCCCUUGCUGAGAGACGCCGGCUGUUUGAUUUUAACAAAACUGGGAGAAGGCCACACGCCACGAGCAAAAAAGUUUGGACGACGUAAGGGGUGACCUUAACGACGGUUAAGGCCAGACGCUAAAGCGAUCGAGUUCGUGGCUUUAAAGUGUGUCUGUGUAACAGCUGUGUGGCGAUGGACGCUAGAGACACUGCCCCUGAUUCCUGGGAUCAGGAGGACGAUGGCGAGGCCCAGGUCGACGUGCAACUUUCCAAUGCUUUGGCUACCACUCUAAACGUGGACGCAAAGCCGUUUGUCCCCAACGUUCACGCCGCAGAAUUCUUCCCAUCUUUCCUGCAGAAGGACUCCGCGGACACGGUGGAGCCAUCAGGACCCAAUACAGAUGCCAAGGUGGGAGAACCAGACCAAGAGGCAUCAGCUCCACCAAUGGAGAACGGUGAUGCAGAGAUGACAGCUGAUGACACGUGGGAGCAGAAAGGGAGCGAGCCCAGCGAGGCUGAAGCUGAGCCGGGAGGCUGCCCUGGGGGAGAUGGGGGUCUGGCUGAAGAAGACUCGCCACAAGAGGAAGAGAUGGAGGAAGAAGUAGUGCCAACACCUAAAGUAGUCCUAACACAGCCAAAUGCCCCCAAAAAGGAGCAUGUUAAUGUGGUCUUUAUUGGCCAUGUCGAUGCUGGCAAGUCCACUAUUGGAGGACAAAUCAUGUAUUUAACAGGAAUGGUGGACAAACGAACUCUGGAGAAAUAUGAGAAAGAAGCUAAGGAGAAGAACAGGGAAACUUGGUACCUCUCCUGGGCUCUUGACACAAAUCAGGAAGAGAGAGACAAAGGGAAAACUGUGGAGGUUGGACGUGCAUACUUUGAGACCGAGAAAAAGCACUUUACCAUUCUGGAUGCACCAGGCCACAAAAGCUUUGUCCCCAACAUGAUAGGCGGAGCUUCUCAGGCCGAUUUGGCAGUGCUGGUGAUCUCUGCAAGGAAAGGAGAGUUUGAGACGGGCUUUGAGAAAGGAGGACAGACGCGAGAGCAUGCCAUGUUGGCCAAAACUGCUGGUGUAAAGCAUUUGAUUGUACUUGUAAACAAAAUGGAUGACCCAACAGUGAACUGGAGUCUAGAGAGGUACGAAGAAUGUAAGGAGAAACUUGUUCCAUUUUUGAAGAAAGUUGGGUUCAAUCCCAGAAAAGAUAUUCAUUUCAUGCCAUGUUCAGGACUCACUGGGGCCAAUCUGAAGGAGUCGGCAGAAUUCUGCCCGUGGUAUACAGGGUUACCAUUCAUUCCACAUCUGGAUAAUUUAGCGAACUUCAGCAGAUCAAGUGAUGGACCAGUCAGGUUACCCAUUGUAGACAAAUACAAGGACAUGGGUACUGUGGUCCUAGGAAAGCUGGAAUCGGGAUCAAUCAGUAAAGCUCAGCAACUUGUGAUGAUGCCCAACAGGCACACUGUUGAGUUGCUGAGUCUGCUGUCUGAUGAUGUUGAAACGGAUGACGCUGGACCUGGAGAGAACUUGAAGUUACGGCUAAAAGGUAUUGAAGAGGAGGAGAUUCUGCCAGGCUUCAUUCUCUGCAAUGCUGAGAACCUCUGCCACUCUGGGCGCACCUUUGAUGCUCAGAUAGUCAUCAUUGAACACAAGUCAAUCAUCUGCCCAGGUUACAAUGCAGUUCUUCAUAUUCACACCUGCAUCGAAGAAGUGCAAAUUACGGCCUUAAUCUGUCUGGUGGACAAAAAGACUGGGGAAAAGAGCAAAACGCGACCCCGCUUCGUCAAACAGGACCAAGUGUGCAUUGCUCGUCUGAGAACAGCUGGGACCAUCUGCCUUGAGACCUUCAAAGAUUUCCCUCAGAUGGGACGCUUCACCUUACGAGAUGAGGGGAAAACCAUCGCCAUUGGGAAAGUGUUGAAACUUGUUGCUGAGAAGGACUGAAAACAGUGUAUGGUUGAUCCGAAACGACUGACAGAGGCGGAGGAAGAUGCAGCUUCGGCCGCGGCAAACUUCAUAGCCUUCCUGUCUUUUCUCCCCUCUGCCUCCUAAAGACCAGCUUAAAAAAACUUCUCUUAAAAGAAAUCUGUUUUUAAGCAAAUGAAAACGAAAUCAAGUCCACAUGUGUCAGCUUUCUCAUAUUGAGAGCUCAGCGAUGCCAUUGUUUUAGGUUCUUCCCCCAUGACCUCUUCCCCAUCAGCCUGCACAUGUUCGGUGGCAAGAGAUUUAGCUCUCUUUCAACCUUUUUUUAUUUUUAUAGAACUUUCUUUUGCUUCCAUCAGAGAAAUAUAAUGGCAGCAGAUACAGUAAACGUAUGUGGACCAAGAUUUGCUUGUUAACAUAAAAUGAUUUAUGAGCAGAAUGAUUAACCAAUUGAAACCAAAAUGUCAAUAUCUUGGUUGGACAUGUCUCCCAUUGCUUAUUCCCAUUUUGGUUUCUCUCUUCACAUAACGUUCUUGCAAAGUUCACGGGCGUGUUCAUUAUUAAAUCAUUUAUGACAAUAAAAUUGGGGAAAAAAGUGA